AUGGCAAACUUUAGAUUGUUACGAAAUUCAUUCGGUAACUUUCGUCUUUCCUCAUUACGCUUUCAUUUUGUCAUUAUUUUGCUUCUCAGUGUUGCUUUGCUUAUUGACGCGGCCAAGAUUCAUCAUCAAAAUCAUCCCAAUCAAAAUCAUCCCAAUAAAAAUCAUCCCAAUAAAAAUCAUCCCAAUAAAAAUCAUCCCAAUAAAAAUUAUCCCAAUAAAAAUUAUCCUCCCAAUAAAAAUUAUCUCAAUAAAAAUUAUCCUCCCAAUAAAAAUUAUCCCAAUAAAAAUUAUCCUCCCAAUAAAAAUUAUCCUCCCAAUAAAAAUUAUCCCAAUAAUUAUCCCUAUCCCAAUAAUGAUCGUUCCAAUAAAAAUUAUCCCAAUAAUGAUCGUCCCAAUAAAUAUCGUCCCAAUCGUAAACUUGCAAGACUGGAUCUCCUCGGUAGUCAAAAACAGACCUUCUCUUCCAGCAAUUUAUGUGAUCCUAAUGUGAAACAGUAUUCUGGUUAUAUACAAACUUCUGACGGUUCAAACAUGUUUUUUUGGUUUUUUGAAUCGAGAAAUAAUCCGAUGGGCUCGCCUCUCACAAUGUAUCUUAAUGGUGGUCCCGGGUGUUCUUCAAUGAUCGGGCUUUUUCAAGAAGUAGGGCCUUGUAGAUCUCAAUCAAAUGGAACAGGAACUACUAUAAAUCCUUAUAGUUGGAACCAAGCUUCAAAUCUAUUAUUUGUUGACCAGCCAAAUAGUGCAGGAUUUUCAUAUGGAGGAGAUAAUCAUUAUUUGAAUUCAACAGAUCAAGCAGCAUCUAAUCUUUAUGAAUUCUUACAGAAAUGGUUUGGUAUAUUCACGGAAUACCAGGGUUUAAACUUUCAUAUAUUCGGGGAAUCUUAUGGAGGACGUUAUAUUCCUGCCUUAGCAAAGUUGAUAGUGGAUAACAAUAGCAUACUCAAUAUACCAUGCGGACUCUUAUCAUGCACGAUUAAUAUUAAUCUCCAAUCUAUUGGAAUUGGUAACGGAUGGAUAGACCCUGCAAUCCAAUAUGGUUCACUUAUAGAUUAUGCUACAAAUAAUCCUU